CAAUGUUGACCUGUUAUUCAAAGGCCCAAGAAUUUUUCAACUUCGUGCUUUUCAGAGCACUGGAAUAGCUUUUCCCGCUUACGAUUGUGCGUGGUACGAUGUGCCAACAAUAAAGGCUAUGCGACUAAUAAUAGUAAUUCGUCGAGCAAGAAUAGCAUUUCAAAUCACGGCUGGAAAAUUUAAUCCAUUUUUUUAGAAUUGUUUGGUGCUAUCAUGGAAACGUCCGCCGGAUAUUUAUCGGUAUUACUAGUUGUGACAGAAGAUUCGACAGAAAAUAAACAAAAUAUAUUUAAUUUAUGACGCAUAAACGAUCGAUGAAUUCGAAAGACAUUGAAAAUCAUUAGUACGUUAAUAUAUACCAGCAUGAAAUAUUUUGCUUAUAAUUUAAUAAUAAUUAUCGAUAAAAUGCGAGUAGUAAAAAUACUGCGACAAAAUUAUUUAGAUUAAUAUAAUGAGAAUUCCACUGCAACAGAAUAUUGAAAGAGUUUAUCCUACAAUAUUUAAACGUUCUUGUAACUAGCAAACGUGAUAAAUGUAAAGAAACUAAUUACCUCUUUCAAAUUUUUGUGUUAUUUCAAAAGGCACUUGGAUUCGAAUUAAUACAAUUUGCCCGUGCGUUUAUACCCUGGAGAUUGCACGAACUUUAAUGUAUGAAAUUACGCGUAACAGUACGCAAAGAGAUCGUACAGCAAUGAAUAUCGGGAAGGUAGGACGGAAAUUUUAACGAGACUGCUUAUUUAAACGCGUUGAGAAUGAGGGACAGGGAGAAAGGAAGGGAGAGAAUGAAGGAGAGAGAGCGACAGAGUGGGUGGACGGGAGGAAGAGAGGGAGAAAGGAAAGAGAAAUAGAGAGAGAGAGAGAGAGAGAGAAGGAAAGGGAGGGGAAAAUACAAUCGAAGUAAGAAAUUCCAAAUAGAUAAAUUUUUCAAUAGGUGGGGAGAUGAUAGUUUCCUUUCAGUCCAACGAGCAUGCGUGCUGGACGAAGAAAAAGGGAAGGACAUCUAUAUCCCAUGACUAGCCAGAGCGCAGUAGUCGCAUCGCCGCGUGUUACGAUCGUCUUACGAUGACAACGAAUUCCGAAGAAGGUAGAAUUUUGUGUCACAUGUAAAUUUUCAGCAUAAAAAAGAUAGUCGAGAAAAGAAUAUUUUAAGUAUACUCUUUUUCUAAUUAAAUGUUCCACCUUUUGAGUAUCUUCAACGCGAGUGUUCACUUCGCAGAUAUAAAUUAUGCAAUCGGCUGGAACCGAUUUAGUUUUCAAAUACUCGGUAUAUGGCCGGAUUCGAAGAACAAUGAAAGUGAUCCUACCUUCUCGAAAUAUUGGUUCAUUCUACAUUCAUUUUUUAUGCUGGGAUUUAUCACCCUACCGCAGACAGCAUACCUAUUGACGAUAUGGGGUGACUUGGAACUGAUGACAGAUAUUUUGGCGACGGCAAACGUACCGGUUACCAUGUCUUGCAUAAAGUUGUUGUUCGCACGAUAUCAUUUGGAAUCUCUCAGACCACUUCUCAGAUCCUUCGUAGAAGAUUGGAAGAGACCGAAAAGCCAAGACGAAAGAUCGGUCAUGAUGGUUAACGCUAAGAAGGCAAGAAUCAUAUCGAUAUGGUGUACGUCAUUAGCAUAUUUCAUGACAUCGAUUUAUAUUCUACCUCGAAGCUUGACGAUCGCGCAAAUGCAAAGAGAUCAAUUCGAGCCCCCACGUACGGUCCUCUAUCCAGGUUAUUUUCCAUACGAUAUUAGCGGAACAUUUGCUUUUUUAAUUUCCUGUUUCGGGCAAAUCGUAGCGGCGUACAGCGCUACCGUGUCAUAUAUAACCGUAGACACAUUUAUUACGAUGCUCGUCCUUCAUGCUUGCGCACAAUUUUCCAACCUGAGGCAUUCGCUUGAAAAUCUAUCGAAUAGCAUGACCGAUAUAGCAAAUGAUUUUACAACGAAAUUGACACAGAUCGUGAAGAGACACGAACAUCUCAUCUGGUACUCCCAAUCGAUCGACAACUCCUUUAACGUGUUGAUGCUCAUUCAAAUAUUGGCUUGCAUCAUUCAAGUGUGCUUUCAGACCUUUCAAUUAUUUCGCAUAAUGAAACACGACGGGGACGAAUUUCCUGUAGAACAGCUGUUCUUUAUUGUAUUCUUCGUAAUUGUUACUUUGGUACAAUUGUAUCUGUAUUGUUACGUCGGGGAAAUGCUUAUCGUCGAGAGUGCUGCAAUGGGUAUGUCAUCGUACAUGUCACAGUGGUGUGAUUUGUUUCCAAAAGAUGCACGAAAUAUUCUUUUCGUGAUGCAGCGAUCCUCUAUACCACUUCGUUUAACGGUUGGAAAAAUUGGCAUUUUUUCUAUGGAAAUGUUUAGCCAGAAAAAGGGAAGGACAUCUAUAUCCCGUGACGAGCUAGAGCGCAGUAGUCUCAUCGCCGCGUGUUACGAUCGUCUUACGAUGACAACGGAUUCCGAAGAAGAUAUAAACUACGCCAUCGGCUGGAACCGAUUUAGUUUUCAAAUACUUGGUAUAUGGCCGGAUUCGAAGGACAAUGAAAGUGAUUCGUUCUUUUCGAAAUAUUGGUUCAUUGUACCUUCAUUUUUUAUGCUGGGAUUUAUUACCUUACCCCAAUCGGCAUAUCUUCUGAUGAUAUGGGGUGACUUAGAAUUGAUGACAGAAAUUUUGGCGACAGCAAUCCUACCGGUGACCAUGGGUUGGAUAAAGUUGGUGUUUACACGAUAUCGUUUGGAAUCUCUCAGACCACUUCUCAGGACCUUCGUAGAAGAUUGGAAGAGACCGAAAAGUCAAAACGAAAGAUCGGUCAUGUUAGUUAAUGCUAAGAAGGCAAGAAUUAUAUCGAUAUGCUGUACGACAUCAGCAUGUUUCAUGGUAUCGCUUCACGUUCUACCUCGAAGCUUAAUUGUCGCGCAAAUGCAAAGAGAUCAAUUCGAGCCCCCGCAUACGGUCGUCUUUCCCGGUUAUUUUCCAUACGACAUUAGCGGAACAUUUGCUUUUUUAAUUUCCUGUUUCGGACAAAUUGUAGCAGCGUACAGCGGUACCUUAUCAUAUAUAAGCGUAGACACAUUUAUCACGAUGUUGGUUCUUCAUGUUUGCGCACAAAUUUCCAACCUCAGGCAUUCGCUUGAAGAUCUACCGAGCGGCAUGAACGAGAUGGCCAAUGAUUUUACAAAGAAAUUGAUAUGGAUCGUGAAGGGACACGAACAUCUCAACUGGUACGCUCAAUCGAUCGACAACUCCUUUAACAUGAUGUUGCUCAUUCAAAUACUGGGCUUCACCGUUCAAGUAUGCUUUGAGGCCUUUCAAUUAUUUCGAAUAAUGGAACAGGAUUGGGACACACUUCCUGUAAAAGAGCUGAUUUUUGUUGUACUGUAUGUACUUAUUACUUUGAUACAGUUAUACUUGUAUUGUUACGUCGGGGAAAUGCUUAUCGUCGAGAGUGCUGCAAUGGGCAUGUCAUCGUACAUGUCACAGUGGUGUAAUUUGUUUCCAAAAGAUGCACGAAAUAUUCUUUUCGUGAUGCAUCGAUCCUCUAUACCACUUCGUUUAACGGUUGGAAAAAUCAGCACUUUUUCUAUGGAAAUGUUUAGCCAGAUUUUGAAAUCCACAAUCGGAUAUCUUUCGGUGUUACUAACGGUAACGGAUAAGAAAAAUAAUUAA